UUCCUGUUUUUGUUUACCAAAUUUUUUUUCUUUAUUGAAGUGGAAAAUAGCACAAACGAAAGUUGAAACUGAGAAGUCAGAAUAUUGUGGGCGUACUGUUUUCCGUUGACGAAUAGUAUCACAGCCAUUAUAUAAGUAUUAAGAAAUCUCUCACUUCAGCAGUCAGACCGUGAUUGAGCCAUUACCAAGCGAAGAUCCGUGCCCGGCUUUAGCGACUGAGGAAGAAUUUGUUCCACGUCACCAAAAGAAACCAACUGAGCUGAUUUGAGUAAAGGGUCAACGUUCAUUGGACAUAAAUACCGUGAAAAUCCUCAAUUCUUUCAGUUGCGUAUUGAGCUACCUACUGCGCACAACGACAGGAAGAGAAUGGAAGAACUCUACCAAACAGUCAGAGAGCAGAUCAAACCAGUUGAAGCGGAGAUCCGCGGAGUAAUUCCUCCUUGGCUCAACGGAUCCUUGUUACGAAAUGGCCCCGCUAUGUACGAAGUCGGACCCGAGGCGUACAAGCACUGGUUCGACGGCUUGGGAAUGAUUCAGAAUUUCAAGGUGGAAAAUGGCAAAGUGACUUACUGCAGUCGCUAUUUACGAAGCCAGGCAUUUGUCCGCGCCGAAGCUCGUCGUGGUAUUGCGUACGCUGAGUUCGGAACUCCAUUACCGCCCGAUCCGUGCAAGAAUAUCUUCGCACGGUUUUUCUCCUACUUCGUACCACCCGAACGCACGGACAACUGCUCCAUUAACGUUGUCACAAUGAACGGCCAAACAUACGCAAGCAGCGAUUCGCCAUUCCUAAUCGGGUUUGAUCCAAGUAGCUUGCAAGCUUUGUCAGAGUACAACAUCAGGAGCGAUUUCCCAGGUCCCGUCCGAAUGUUCUCCAUGACACCUCAUCCCCACGAGGACGAAGAGGGAAAUGUGUACAACGUUGCUGUUUCUCUGAAGAAUGGCACUCGCUACAAUAUAACACAAAUACCACCACGACCCUCCACCCCUGCAGAUACUGCGCCACACCCACUUCAGGGGGUGAAUGUUUUGUCUACUUUCACUCCAAAAAAUCGGCUCUGCUACUACCACAGUUUCGCCAUGACUCCCAACUACUUCGUGUUCAUCGAAAACCCGUUCGUUGUGAAUGUGUGGGCGCUCCUGACAAUGAAAAUGAGAGGAAGAUCUUUCCAUGAGUGCAUGAAGUGGGACAACAAGCAGCCCUCCAGGUUUUACGUCAUUGAUCGCAAGACAGGCAAAGUAGUGGCUCAGUACAAGACGGAGAACUUCUUCUCAUUCCAUCACGUAAACGCCUUCGAGACAGAAACAGAUAUCAUAAUGGACGUUUGCUGCUACCCUGACGCCCGCAUUGUGUAUCAGUACUACCUCCAUCACUUGCGCUCCAAGGGAGAGCACGAAGUGAGCAAAGGCUUCCCUGAUCCAGCUCUCCGUCGCUAUCGCUUACCAAUCCCAAAAACUGCCUCGUCCAGUUCCUGGCAGAGGCUGCCCAGUUACUCAGAUGGCCGAGACUACAAAGUGCUCUACUACGGGGUGGAGUUACCCCAGAUAAAUUAUCGCUUUGCCAACGGUAAGCCUUACCGGUUCAUGUACGGAGUAGGCCCUCACCAGCGCGGGGACUUCCUGAACCAGCUCAUCAAGGUAGACGUCCUAGGGAAGGAGGCCAAGACCUGGCAUGAGCGCCACUGUUUCCCAUCUGAACCUGUGUUUGUCCCAGCGCCCGGAGCUGAAACAGAGGAUGAAGGAGUUAUUAUCUCCUCUGUAGUAGGUGUACGUGGUAAGAAGUCGUUCCUCCUUAUCCUGGAUGGUCGCACGUUCCGCGAAGUCGCACGCGCGACAGUAACUUGCCCAAUGGCGCACUCGCUCCACGGUAUGUUCAGACCAAGAUCCCCAGCUCUACUCGGACAAUGCCGGAAAGCCUGGGCCGAAAUAUAAUUUGGGUCACCGAAAAAGGACAAGCUCUGAGGAUUUUGGAGUGCCAUAUAAUCGUACACCAUCCAUUAUCAGCGAUGUUUCUGAGAGAGCUCAUCUAAACGAUGAAAGGAAUGAUAGAACUCGUAUCAAGACAGUUCCAUGAACAAAAAUGUGAUUACUUUAUUUCAUUUUUCGAAAUACAGUUCACGACAAAAUGAAAAAAAUUUUUUUCUGCUAAACAACCGAUCACUUUGAUAUAAACAGAUAACUUACAACGAGAAUCAUUCCAUGUUCAAUCGUUAUUUUUUCAAACAAAUCUCUUGUUUGAACGAGCUAUCCUGCGUGUGUGUGACAAGUGUUUUUGAUUGGUCAUUCGCAUUCGUUUCGUUACGGAACACGGCACUUUAAGGCGGCUUCUCAAACUGUCAUGAGAAAAUCAGAGAGGUUUUCUGUUUUCAGUUACACUCGUGAUUCCACCCGAAUCGUUCGGCCAAAGUCUUUGAUAAUACACAAAUAAAUCUGCCAUUAAAAAAAAUCGGGAAAAACGAAAUAAUAUUCAAAGGAAAAAGUGAAAGGAGUUAUUUCUUUUCUAAACAUUAUCUAGUGUGUAAGUUUUAUUUAAAAUGGCGUACAUAACCAUACGCUGUUAAGUAUUUUAAGUAUUUCUAAGUUAUAUAAAGUAGCAUUUGUAUACAAUCAUAGUGUUAUGAUACUUUCCUUGAAAGGUGUAAUAUACGGGGAGAUCAGUGAUAAUUCUAAAAAAGAUAUUGAUGAUAAGUUUUAGAAAUCAUGAACAUAAUAUUUACGGAUAUAAAGAAGUGACGGUUUUUUAUCAUAAAAAUUGAAUUUUUAACUAAAUUUUGUAAAUGUCGAGUUUAAUUCCAGCUGAAUAUUUUGCCUAAUAAAGAUGUAUGUACUUUAAAAUGAA